UAAGAGGACUGGACGGACGCGAAUUUUGGCUAUAAAUUUAAAUAAAGGUUGCAAACAGAGGCAAUAUUAAAGAUGGCUGAGGACUGGCAGAGCCAGGGCUUUCGCCAGAAUGUCAUAUCCAAAAUCCACGACAUGUUGCCCCAAAAUGCGGAGCCGAGUAAAAAUGCCAGCAUGAUGGAAAAUCAUAUUUUCCGCAAGUCGCGCACCAGGGACGAAUAUCUGGGCUUGGUGGCCAAGCUGUUCAUGCACUACAAGGACACACAGCGCAAAUCUCAAGCGCAGCAGCAGCAACAACAGCAACUGCAACAACAACAACAGCAACAGCCGCCGCCACCCAAUGCGGAAAUGGGACAACAGAAUUUGAUGCAGGACCCGUUGAAUGCACUGCAAAAUCUCGCCAGUCAGGGUAAUCGAAAUCCCCAACUGAUGCCCAUGGGCGGCGGCAGCGGGGCGCCCGGACCGAAUCAAAUGGCCGGUCCCGGCGGACCAGGCACCGCCUCUAAUCUACUGCAGUCGCUCAAUCAGCAACGACCCGGCCAGCAGCAAAUGCAACCCAUGCCGAGUAUACGUGGCCAGCUGCCCAUGGGUGGCGGCGGUGCUGGCGGGCAGCAGCAAAUGGUGCAGGUGCAACAGCAAAUGGCCGGUGGCAACGGACCAGGCGUUGCAGGCGGCAUGCAACUGAAUGCCAUGGGUCCGGCGGUCGCGCAGGCCCAGGGUCAGAUUGUCGGCAAUGCCGGCGGUAUAUCCAAUCAAAUGGUGGGGCCCGGACCCAACAGUGGUCCAGCGGGCGGUGCAGCAGGCGGCAUGCCCAACCAAAUGUCGCCAAUGGUGAUGGGCAUUGGCAAUCCGAUGAUGCGUCUUAAUCAGGGCAUGCAGGGAAUGCCAACGAAUAUGCAGCAGCAGCACAAUGUUGUUGGCGGUCCCAGCGGACAGCAGCAGGUGGGCGGUCCGGGUGUCUUGCCGCCAAAUGCUGUGCAACAGGGUGGCGCCAUGAAUCCGAUGGGUGGCAUGAAUGUCAACAUGCCACCGAAUAUGCAGCAAAAGGCCAAUAUGGCCAUGGGACAAGCGGGUCAAAUGUUCGCCGGCAAUCGGGGCGGUGUUGUUGGCGGACAACAGCAGCCACAGCAACCGUUUAUGCGUUCCAGUCCCUCACCGGCAGAUGCGCAACAAUUGCAACAGCAGCAACAACUGCAGCAAUUGCAACAGCAACAGCAGCAACAACAACAGCAGCAGCAGCAACAACAGCAGCAGCAACAACAACAGCAGCAGCAGCAACAGCAGCAACAACAAUUGGUGGGCAAUCAAACGCCUACACAACAGCCACCAACGCCACAGAUGCCGACGCCACAGAUGAUACCCAGUCCGGCACUGGUGCCUCAGUCCAGUCCCCAGAUGAUGAUGCAGAAUAGCCAACGCAGCAUACGCCAGCAAUCGCCGAGCGCCUCGAUCAAUACGCCCGGUCAGGUGACCGGCAAUAGUCCAUUUAAUCCCCAGGAUGAGGCCUUGUACAGGGAGAAGUACAAGCAGUUGACCAAGUACAUUGAGCCGCUUAAGCGCAUGCUGGGCAAGAUAAGCAACGACGGCACCAAUGUUGAGAAAAUGACCAAGAUGAGCAAACUGCUCGAGAUCCUUUGCAAUCCCACUCAGCGUGUACAACUGGACACGCUGCUCAAGUGUGAGAAGGCGCUGGAGAAGAUGGAUCUCGUCUCCUACUCGGGUCAGCAGUUUGGUAAAUCAUCAAAUCCGCUGCUGGAGGUCAUCAAUACAACGCUGCAGAGUCCAUUGGCGAAUCACACGUUGCAUCGCACAUUCCGUCCGAGUUUGGAGCUGCUCUUUGGCACUGAUAUCUGUGCACCGGUGCCCGCCAAGAAGCCGCGUCUCGGCGACAAGACGUCGCCCUUCGAACAGGAUGUGCCGCAUGUGCUGCAGGGCGAGAUUGCGCGCCUCGACACCAAAUUCAAAGUCAAACUAGACACAACGGCGCAGAACAACAACAAGACAAUCAAGCUGAUCUGCUGCCUGGACGACAAGCGUUUGCCGAGUGUGCCGCCGGUGAGUGUCAGUGUGCCGGAUGAGUAUCCAUGGCAAUCGCCAGACUGUUCGCUCACCGAGCAGGAGUACUCGGCGACGCCAUUCCUACAGACUGUGCAGCAGGCGCUCAUCGCUCGCAUGUCCAAGCUGCCCAAGAACUAUUCGUUGUCGCAUCUGUUGGACACCUGGGAAAUGGCAGUGAGGCAGGCCUGCUCGCCCCAAUCCAAGCCACGCCCCAUUUGUGAGCUGAGCACGCUCCUAGGUGUUUAAUUGAAACUGGACUCUUAUAGGAAAUAAAGCA